AUGGACACCAGUCAAGACGCAACCCCGACCGCUGGCGAAGGGCAUGGUCAACUAGGAAGUAACCACCAGACCGCCGACCAACAGACGGCAAACAACAUCAAAGUUCAGGACUACAUCGAUAACACGGACCGGGAAACAGAGUCACAUGCCCAUGAUGCCUCCAACAGCUCGGCGAAUGCCGAUGGCAGCUCCUCGGCUGUUACUUCUCCCACGAACCUGUCAUCAUGGAGCACAUCGUCCGAUCGACAACUAGGCCAUGGAAGCGCACAAGAUCCCGAAGACCGCGUUUUCCCUAUUCGUUCCGUCAUCAGCGUCGGCCCAGCCGUUACACCGACAGUCAAUGAUGAUAUUUGCGCGCGUCGUAGAAUGUCUCUGUCCGAGGGUCAUGGGACUACGAUGGGCGGAAGGUCAAACACCGCGGCAGCAACAGGAAAUAACGCGACUUCCACCUGUCCACAUGCGUCCACAGUUCCAACUAGCAGAGCAAGCGCCGUCGACGUCGAAAGUAGGCCCACAAUCAGUCAGAGUCAGUCAUCUAUCUCACAACCCGAUGGCGGCUCCAUUUUCAGUUCAUCAUCCACGGGCACCAUGCGACAACAACGUCGCAUGAAUACCAUGACGGGUUCCCUAUCCAGUGUCCAGGCCGAUGCAGACAGAUAUGGAAAUAAUCGGUCUAUAGAACUCACCCUGAGGGAUUCGUCCGAGGAAGAGUCCGAUGGCGGCGCAGACGGCAGCGGAGGCGGCGAUGACCAGGGUACAACAGGGGAACCCUCGUCUGCUGGCAGGAAAUCUCCUGACACUCUUCCCGAGACACACUUCACACCUCGCUUCAAACAUGUCGUGACUGAGGAGGGCCAUGCUGUGAUUACUGGUCGAGAUGGGCAGCUACAGCGGUGCGAAGAUGAACCAAUCCAUGCGCCGGGCGCCGUACAGGGCUUCGGAUUGAUGGUGGUCAUCCAGGAAGAACAAGACGGCCGCUUCAUUGUGCGAUUCGUGAGCGAGAACUCCAAAAGAAUUAUCGGCUACACCCCACAAGAGCUCUUCCGACUGAACAACUUCCUCGACAUCUUCACUGAUGAACAGGCUGAGAACCUGCUGGAUCAUGUUGAUUUCAUUACGGACGAGGACUCGGAUCCGGCCGUCAACGGCCCCGAAGUUUUCAGUCUCUCCAUCCGAUUUCCCAAGGCCAAAAGUUCCGUCAAGCUAUGGUGCGCAAUCCAUGUACAUCCAUCACGCCCCGAACUGACUAUCUGCGAAUUUGAACUCGACGACGACCACGAUUACCCAUUGCGACCCCCCGAGGAGGAUUAUCCGGACACACCCGAAGAUACCCUACAGUCGAAUCCUACAACAGAAGAGCUCACCGAAAGCACAGAGAUCUUGAGCAAGCCACUACGAGUCUUGCGCAGUGCACGCAGGCGAAGAGGCGAGGCAGGAGCAAUGCGAGUGUUUGAUAUCAUGAGCCAAGUACAGGAGCAGUUGGCAAACGCUCCCAACCUGGAAAAGUUUUUAAAGAUCUUGGUUGGCAUUGUCAAGGAGUUGACGGGCUUCCACCGGGUCAUGAUCUAUCAAUUUGACUCCUCGUUUAACGGCAAGGUCGUCACCGAGCUUGUUGACCCGAUGCAAACAAGAGAUCUGUACAAGGGACUACACUUCCCGGCUACAGACAUCCCCAGACAGGCACGCGAACUCUACAAGCUCAACAAGGUACGAUUACUGUACGACCGAGACGUCGAGAGCGCGAGAAUUGUUUGCCGAACGCCUGAAGAUUUGGAAACCCCGUUGGACAUGACGCACUCCUACCUUCGUGCAAUGUCGCCAAUCCACCUGAAAUAUCUUGCUAACAUGGCAGUGCGCUCUUCCAUGUCCAUCUCAAUCAACGCCUUUGGCGACCUUUGGGGUUUGAUUGCGUGCCAUUCCUACGGGCCCAAGGGGAUGAGAGUCUCCUUUCCCAUACGAAAAAUGUGCCGACUUGUUGGCGACACAGUCUCGAGAAACAUAGAGCGUUUGUCGUAUGCUUCUCGUCUCCAAGCCCGCAAGCUUAUCAACACAGUGCCCACCGACAAGAACCCGUCGGGCUAUAUAAUCGCUUCUUCGGAUGACUUGCUCAAACUGUUCGAUGCCGACUUCGGAAUGCUUUCAAUACGCGAGGAGACCAAGAUUCUGGGCAAGAUCGAGCAGUCGCAGGAGGCACUGGCUAUGCUAGAGUAUCUGCGGCUGCGCAAGUUCUCAUCUGUGGUCACCUCGCAGGACGUCAAGAUCGACUUCCCGACCUUCGUUAUCCACCAGGGAUUCCAAGUCAUUGCCGGUCUUUUGUACGUGCCCUUGAGCGUCGGUGGGAGCGAUUUCAUUGUCUUCUUCCGCAAGGGUCAAGUCAGGGAAGUAAAGUGGGCGGGCAAUCCACACGAAAAGAACAUCCAAGCUGGUUCCGCCGCGUACCUGGAGCCCAGAAAGAGUUUCAAGGUCUGGUACGAGACAGUUAUCGGCAAGUCUCGCGAAUGGUCGGAGGAGCAGGUUGAAACCGCGGCAGUGCUUUGCUUGGUGUACGGAAAGUUCAUCGAGGUUUGGAGGCAAAAGGAGGCAGCCUUGCAGAGCAGUCGGCUCACUCGACUACUACUCGCAAACUCGGCACACGAAGUGCGCACGCCGCUCAACGCUAUAAUCAACUACCUGGAAAUUGCACUUGAAGGCUCCCUCGACCAGGAGACCAGGGAAAAUCUUGCAAGAUCGCAUUCAGCCUCAAAAUCCUUGAUAUACGUUAUUAACGAUUUGCUCGAUCUGACCAAGACAGAAGAAGGGAAGGAUCUGAUCAAGGACGAGGUUUUCGAUCUACUUGCGUGUAUACGUGAAGCUACGGAGGCUUUCAGUCAUGAUGCGAAGCGGAAGGGCAUCACAUACAAGGUCAUUGAGCACCCCGGGCUCCCUCGCCUCGUAUCUGGAGACCAGAGGCGUAUCCGACAGGCAGUUUCCAACAUCACAGCAAAUGCGGUUAAGCACACAUCUGAAGGAUUUGUCAAGAUUGAGUUAUACGUAGCAGAAGUGAUGGAUAAUCGGGUUCGCAUCGAGAUUGUGGUGCAGGACUCAGGCAAGGGCAUGAGCAACGCCCAACUGGAUGCGCUUUUCAGAGAGCUGGAACAAGUCGACACGGACCUUGGAUUCGAAUCAUCUGACGAACGCGGCGACGAUAAGUCGCAAAGCGGUAAAACGCUCGGCCUCGGUCUUGCAGUUGUCGCCAGAAUUCUGCGAAAUAUGGAUGGCCAACUCCGCCUAAAGUCUGAGGUUGGCAAGGGAUCGAGAUUCGUGAUUCAAUUGCCCUUCGACCUUCCCGAGGAGGGAAAAAGCCGAGAUGUUGUGGCGGCAAACAGUGGUCACGUCGCACAGGCAUCCAUCGGUUCUAGUAACGCCUCGAUUUCCGCGGCGUCCAUAUCAACCCAGAUGCAAGACGGCGAAGUGAUGCUGGUUGACCGCAGCAACAACGGCAGUUCAUGGUCUGUCAACAACGCGAGUACUUCGCUGGCGUCCAAGAAGAGCUAUGACGACAACCAGAGCAUCGCAAGUAAAGGCAGCGGACGAAGCCAGCUCAGCAAUGCGGACAGGCUUAUUGGCGCCAUUCAGAACCCCCUCACACUAGGCGAGCCCGAGCCAGAAAGCGUUUCUCAACACAGGAGGGGCUCGCACGGUCACUACCACGGCCCAGCUUCCAGUCUUCUCGGACCCUCUAAGGGGCGGUCCGUCAGUCCAGGGAGCCGAAAGCGGCCAGAUGGUCCUGCACGGUCGGUCUCGUCGCCGAACACUAAGAAGGUUACGCCUCGAAGCCAAAAACCAACGUCAGAAGUUGCGGAGCAUUCUGAGCCACCAGCAGCAUCACAGGGGUUGCAGUAUGUGACUGAUAGCAGGGUUCCCAUUAAGCCGGUGAAGCUGCCGGACGAAAUGUUUGACAAGCUCGUGGUCCCGCCGCCAAGCACGUCAAAGGUGCUCUUUGAAAUCAAAGAUGCUGUGGCGGAUAAGAAAGCGAAAGCAGCACCACGUUCUGCGGUCAAGGAAAUACCACGGUCUGUGCCAUUACAACCACCCGCGCCCGUCACGUCCGUGCCUGCGCAACCCCCGCAGCCCGCCAAACAAGCCUCAGCACCAAACAGCAAGUUGCAAGUUCUGGUUGCGGAAGAUGACCCCAUCAACGUCAAGGUGCUGCGCAAGAGACUCGAGAAGGCCGGGUACAAAGUAACUCACGCUUUGAACGGCGAGGAUUGCGCAGCUGUAUAUGAAGACAAGCCCAUGGAGUUUGACGUGGUCUUGAUGGAUAUGCAGAUGCCAAUCGUCGAUGGCCUUACUAGUACCAGGAUGAUCCGCGGCUUUGAGAAAUCCGCCCGGCACGGCAACGGCCAGCAGCUGUCGGCCAUCAUCUCGGAUCACGGCCGCGUGCCCAUCUUCGCCGUCUCAGCCUCUUUAGUCGAGCACAAAAAGGAUACGUACGUUGACGCUGGUUUUGAUGGUUGGAUCCUCAAGCCCAUCGAUUUCAAACGCCUCGAGACUUUGUUACAGGGAAUCACGGACGAUAAAGUCCGGAAUGACGCGCUUUAUGUGCCCGGCGAGUGGGAGCGGGGUGGCUGGUUUGGCAGGAAGGGCAUGGGCCAUAUGGGCCAGAAACAGCAGAUAUACCACCAGAAGGAGCACCGGCAGAGGGAGCAAAGGCGGGAGCGGGAGGAAAACAAAGAGAAGCAGGAUAAGCAGCGGGAGCAGGAGGAAAAGAAAGAGAAGCAGGAUAAGCAGCGGGAGCAGGAGAAGGAAACUGACGCUGCGGUAGAUGAUGACGGUGAGCAAGCGCAAACAGAACCGGAGCCGCCCAAGAGGAUGCUUGAUGUAUAA